UUGCAUUUUUAUUUUAGUUGAUGGCUUUAGCUCAUUUGCUAGCUACUGAAGAACACCAUCAUGGUAAUUCAUAUUCAAUUCUAUUGGGAUUUAGAGUUGUACAAGAUCUUGUUACUGAAUAUAACAUAGAAAAUGAAUUGCAUGAUUUAAUGAGAUACUAUGAACGGUUUUGGAUAGAUACUGUAAAUCCAGCAAGAUUUACAGUGUGCAGGCUCCAAUAUAGAACCAACAACUAUAUAGAAUCUUACCAUGCAUCACUCUUAAGACUAAUGGGUCAACAUCCACCACUGUAUAGAUUCUAUGAUCACUUGAGAACAAUUGAAGAGAGGGCCCGGAAUGAUUUUGGAAGAGCAGUAAAUGGACAAAGGGUACGGCAAGCAAAUAACAGAGCUUCCUCGCACAAUGAUGCAACAAUUAGAAAUGCAUGGGUAAAUGUUCGUAAUCGUACAUAUAAUUUGCGGGACUUCAUACAAAAUAUAGCGUACACACCUGAGCAGCUACUCAGACAUGAAAUCGGGGAGCCCAAUUUUGCACACCGUAAGUUAAAUAUAAAAUAA